UUUAGAUUUAAUUUAAUUGUUCAGGUUUCGAUAUGUACUCUAGAAAGAGUCUGCUUUCGUGUAUUUCCGUGCAUAAACGGAUCUUUUCUAGUUCCUCUUCAUCUUCUUCUACACCUUCACCUUCAUCAGCAUCUUCAUCACAAUCUAUGAAAAUUGAAUCUUCUUCAAAAGGAAAACUACCUAAAGAUUUACUGAGAAAACCUUCACAGAAAUUAUCUGAUUUGGGUCUUGGAAAAUUGGAAAAAAUUAGUUUAUCCAUGAAACUUUACUUGGAAAAAGCUCGACAAAAUGCUGAAUUGAUUAAUAAACAGCGAGAUGAAUAUGAGUUGGGGAAACGACAUCUUGCCAAUUUAAUGGGUUUUGAUUAUCACAACAUGACCGAGAAAAACAUCAAAGAAGCAAUUGAAUAUCUUCUUCCAAGUGGUUUGUUUUCUCUUCCUAAUCGUCCUGCUCUUCUUACACCAGAGGAAAUUUAUCCAAAAACGGGAAGUGCAGAUUUCGACAACACAGGAAGACCUUUUCAUUUCUUAGCUUACACCAACAAACCCAUUUUCUAUGAACACAUGCACCUUCUUUAUGAUGAAUAUCGAAAAUGCGAUGAAUUGAAAGACCAAAUGAUCCGUAACGGUGUCUUGAAUCCUCCACCUUCGGCCAAAGUAGAUCUCACUGGUUCUCGUUGGCUCACCAUGAAAGAAUAUUCUUAUAAUUAUAAUGAAAAAGUCACAGCUGAUCUUUGGAAUAUAUUAACCUCUGGAUUAGAACGAUUAACAGCUCAUCCUUAUUCUAAAGAUUGCAAAGAAUUUUUAAUGAAAUUUCGUGUCAAAUUAGAACAAAAAAUGGCCACUUUGAGUGUAGCUCCAAUCACUUUCAAUGAAGAAGGUCGACCUUAUGUCCAAGCCGAAGGUCUUAGAAAACAUUGUAAAGCUCAAGUGACCGUUUGGGGCAAUGGAAAUGGAACCAUCGAGAUAAAUGGUUACGAUAUCCUUUAUUUUCCUCAAUUCAAAGAGCGACAUCAAAUUUUAUUUCCACUUCUAUUCACUGAUAUGAUAAAUAAAGUUGAUAUCGAAGCAAAAGUGAGUGGAGUGGGUGAAGCAUCUCAAGCGGGAGCAAUUAGACAUGGAAUCUCUUUGGCAUUGGUCAGUUUCGUUGAUGAAUCAAUGAUUGAGAAAAUGAGAUUAGCUGGACUGUUAACUAAAGAUCGUCGAGUCGCUGAAAGGAAAAAGAUUGGGAAAAUGGGCGCUAGAGCAGCUUUCAGAUUCCGACCUCGUUAGAUGGUGUUUUCGAAAUUUAAUUUAAAGUUUUUCUAUUACUUAAACUCCCACGGUAUUAAUGAUUCUUCAGAUUUUUCAACCACUUUUCAAUUGAACUUAAUUGUUUCAAUCGCUGAUCCUAGUUAAUUGUUUUCCACUAAAACUAUCAACAAGAACUGGAGAAAAAUAAAAGUCACCUUGAUCUCA